CUUCAAAGACUACUACUAAAAGUCAAAAAAAAAAUACUGUCGCUAAUCUAAAGGAGCCCAUUAAUGUGCCUGAUAACAAUCAACUAGAUGUACCAGCUCUGGAGGCUAGUGUUAAAUGUAAAAAUAUAAUAGCUCUAAAGGUUAUUGCUAAACGUAAAUAA